AUGGAUCUGUGGGCCCACCUCUCCCCGUCUGCCUCAGCUGUGACCGCCGUGGCUUCAAACGGACGCGUGAAAGAGCCGGGACCUUCCUCCGUUUCUCCAUCCUUCCCUUGCAUCCCCGCAGGGGGAAAGAAGGGCAGGACGGGAAAACAGAAGAAGCCAGUGACCGGGCAUCACGUUCACUGUGAGACAUGCUUCAACCGGCACUGCAAGGUUCCCGUGGAGCUCUCCGUGUCGUGUGUGGUCAUCAGCUGCCGCCUCCUGUGUGGAGCCGUCUUCCACAUCUGCAAGCAGGAGGAGCACCAGCUGCUGUGCCCGUUGGAUAAGGUGCCCUGCCUGAACGCGGCCAACGGCUGCCCCUUCACCAUGCGGCGUCAGCGUCUGGCCAAGCACCUGGAGACCUGCCCCGCCAGCGUGGUCACCUGCUCCCUGGACUGGAACCGCUGGCCCGCGGAGGAGAGCGACGACGGCGUCUUCCGCAAGAACGUUCUCCAGGGGUCGAAGGUCGACGAGCAGCUGGAUCUGUCCAUGGCCGUGCGAGAUCAGGCACUGCUGUUUCGCUCGCUCAAAAUGGAGGCCCUGUUUCCUGAGCUGAUGGAGAGGGAGGAGAAGACCUUCCCUGAGGAGGUCGAGGGAGCCGUGGGGGGUGAGAUCUUCACCGGGGUGGCCUCUGUAAGCCUAGGGGGGGCGCUGGAGCAUGGAACGGGGGAUCCCAAAGGCGAGAUGCAGGAGCUUACGCAGGAAGAGCGAGACGCUAUCGCCAAAAACAGAGAUGUGGCAGCCGUCGAGAGCUAUUCAUCCUGGGAAGCCAUUUUCAGCAAGGAGUUCAGAGGCUGCCAACAGACCGCUAAAAACCUAGAAAAUGAGCUGAAAGGUAGAGAUGGAAAAGACCAGAAGGCUUUGACAAACAUAGAGGCAGGGAUCCGGGAACUAGCUACAGAACGUCAGGAGAGGGAAACCGUUACCUCUGUCAACAUCUCCAAGUCAGGCCUCGCCCCUUGGCAAGAUGGCGUCCUGGAGAGACUGGGGAAAGAGGUCAACGCAGCGGAAUAUAACAUGUACCUGGUGCAUCAUGGGAGCAUGCUGAUUCGAUUCGGCCAGAUGGCCGCCUGCACGCCCAAAGAGAAGGACUUUGUCUACGGAAACCUGGAGCCCAUAGAGGUGGAAACCGUCCGUACGUUCAACAUCCCCACCAGCUACAAGGCCAAGCGCAGCCACCUCAAAGACCCUUCCAACAUGGCCAAGAGGGAAGACAAAGGGGUCGACACAUCCGAUUGGGUGGUGUCAGAGGAGGCGGACACUCCCGAGAAGGAUGAGGUGGAGAUGACCUUGCUGUGCUCCUUGGAGAAGGAGCUGAAAGGUCACACCAUCAGCGAGAGUGUGGGCACAGACGGCCUUUUUUUGGACGUAGGAACACAGACGUACAACUUCCCCUCCGCCCCAUUCAAGCCGGACGCCUCAUUGGCGGACAUCACGGCGGACCAGGCCCCGGGCCUACACGUCCAGAUCCAGACCGAAUGCGUGACCCGGAGGCACAACAAGUCCAGCUCGGCCUUCACCUUCCUCUGCGGCCACACCUUCCGGCGGGACGAGUUCCCGUCGCACUUCAGGAACACGCACUCCGACAUCCAGUCCUGCCUGAGUGGCUGGUUCGAGCAGCGCUGCCCCCUGGCUUACCUGGGCUGCACCUACAGCCAGAAGAGGUUCCGACCCUCCACCCACAGGGCCGUGGUCACGUAUGACCAAAACGUCAGCGCGUUUAACCUCCGACCAGACGUCCCGGCUUUGCUUUCCGAGGACCCGAAGAGCAACUAUGUCCGAAAUGUGGACUCCUUCAACAGCCUGCCCUUUGAGAUCCUGCAGCACAUCUCCAGCUUCCUCGACAGCUUUAGCCUGUCCCAGCUGGCACAGGUCUCCAGGCUGCUGCGGGACAUCUGUGCCUCGCUGCUCCAGGAGAGGGGGACGGUAUCCCUGCAGUGGGAGAAGAGCACGCACCCCCACGGGGGCUCAAGCUGGAAGUGCAGAAAGAAGGUGUGGCAGUUCAGCAGUCUCUUCUCCCCGGUAGAGCGGUGGAGCUUUGACGAAACGCCCUCGAUGUCGGAGCACCUGAAAGUCUGCCCCUUCUACCAGACACAGGAGAAGAGUGAACCCUUCGUCCUGGUGGGUCUGUCCGACAGCCAGGAGCAGGACGGAGAGCAGAAGAGUCUCGUCCACACGUUCCUGUCGAACAAACAACAUCAGCCCUGA